AUGUCAAGCGAACCGGAGCAAGGCAAUGGUGCUGGCGAUGACGAACAUAGCGGCGGCCUGCCUGAGGACCAGAUGUUCGAGAUGCUCACCCGCGUCUCCCUCGACGACCUCUCCGCAUGCCGCCAGGUGUCUGCCCAGUGGCGCCGGCCCCCGUACGAGCCGGCCUUCUCGGCGCUUCACUGCCGCCGCCGCGCCGACGCCGUCGUCUCGGGAUACUUCGUGCAGGGCAUGGCGCGCAACCGCUACUCCGCCACCUUCGUCUCCAUGCACCCCUCCCAGGCCGACGCUGAUCCGUCCGUCUCCCUCGACUUCCUGCCCUCCGCGCACGUCCGCGUUGAGGCUGUCUCCGCGCACCGCGGCCUCGCGUGCUGCGUCGACGCCGACGCCGACGCCGCCGCGCGCAUGGGCGGCAAGACGUCGUCGGCGCGAUGCUACUACGCGUGCAAGCCCGCCACGAGGCAGUGGCGGGCGCUGCCCAACCCGAGGCUGCGCUUCCCCACGGCGGUCACCGCGAUGGUGGCGCGCCCCGCCGGCGCCGGCGCCGCGGCGGACUUCAAGAUCCUCCGGCUCUCGGUCCCGACGCUGCGUGACCACCUGCGUUGCGAGAUCUUCGACUCGCGAAGGCGCGCGUGGCGGCGCUCGGCCGACGUGAUGGUGUGGCCGGAGUCGCUCGUGGCCGCCGGCCCGGCGGUGAGGGCCCACGGCGCCAUGCAUUGGCUACGGUGGCCGGACAGGGUCGGCGCCGCCGAGGACAUCUUCGCGUUCGACAUGAAGAGCGAGGCGUGGAGGCUCAUUGUUCUCCCGCCGGAGGUGGAAGACAGAACGGACAGGUGGGCGGGCAAGAAGAAGCUGGUGACGGUGGAGGGGAAGCUGUGCCUGGUAGUGACCGUGGAUGAGGAGGCGGAGGUGUGGGUGAUCGCCGACUACGGCAGGCAGCAGGAGAGAUGGGAGAAGAAGAUGGCAGUGAACUUGAAGAAUCUCGGGAUGCAGGAAGGGGGAGCCCUUAUACUCAGGGAUCUCUGCUCAUCCGAGGUCGCAUUCUUCAACAGUGUAUACGGAGUGAUCUGGUACGAUUUUUGGAGGGGCGAGAUAGCAGAAGUCCCCGUGCAUCACAAAUGCAUACAAGAAGUUUUCAAGUAUGAGUCCGAUUUUGGUCCUUGGGACAUCGAUGAAAACAAAAUCUAG